GAGGAAGAAGGCCCAUCGCCCGGGCACCGCUGGUUGCCAGGUAGCUACGCGCUUCUCACCCCGCUGGUGUAGGAACCGCGUCCUCAUGGCUGAGGUGAAGGUGAAGCUGCAGCCGCCCGACGCGGAUCCAGUAGAAAUAGAAAACAGGAUUAUAGAAUUAUGUCACCAGUUCCCUCAUGGAAUCACAGACCAAGUAAUUCAAAAUGAAAUGCCUCAUAUAGAAGCUCAGCAGCGGGCAGUGGCAAUCAAUAGACUCUUGUCUAUGGGUCAGUUGGAUCUCUUAAGGAGCAAUACAGGCCUUCUGUAUAGAAUAAAGGAUUCUCAGAAUGCUGGUAAAAUGAAGGGAUCAGAUAACCAAGAAAAACUAGUAUAUCAGAUCAUAGAGGAUGCAGGAAAUAAAGGAAUAUGGAGCAGAGACAUCCGGUAUAAAAGUAAUUUGCCAUUAACAGAAAUUAACAAAAUUUUAAAGAAUUUGGAAAGUAAAAAGCUUAUCAAAGCUGUUAAGUCUGUAGCAGCCUCAAAGAAAAAGGUGUAUAUGCUCUAUAACCUGCAGCCUGACCGGUCUGUGACUGGUGGAGCCUGGUACAGUGACCAGGAUUUUGAAUCUGAAUUUGUAGAGGUGCUUAACCAACAGUGUUUUAAGUUCCUACAAACCAAGGCAGAAACAGCCCGAGAAAGCAAACAGAAUCCAAUGAUACAAAGAAAUAGUUCAUUUGCUUCAUCACACGAAGUAUGGAAAUAUAUCUGUGAAUUGGGGAUCAGUAAGGUAGAGUUGUCCAUGGAGGACAUUGAAACCAUCUUGAAUACACUCAUAUAUGAUGGGAAAGUGGAGAUGACUAUCAUCGCUGCAAAGGAAGGCACAGUUGGCAGUGUAGACGGACACAUGAAACUGUACAGAGCAGUCAAUCCAAUCAUCCCACCUACGGGCUUGGUCCGGGCCCCCUGUGGACUCUGCCCGGUUUUUGACGACUGCCAUGAAGGUGGUGAGAUUUCACCAUCUAACUGUAUUUACAUGACAGAAUGGCUUGAAUUUUAAUAGAGAGCUAGGAACUUUAUGACAUCUUUCAAAUGAAGUUACUUUGGGAGCAAGUAAUUUAACUCAUGAUGGAACAUCAAAUUCCCUUGAAAGCAAACUUCACAAUAAUGGAUACAGACUUACUGCUAUGAAAAUAUAUUUUUUAAAUCUAUGAAGACUAAAUUUAUAUUGGUAGAGUAGCCACCAGAAUAUGAAGCAGGUAAGUGAAAUCCAUUCUUUAAUAAAAUACUUUGAAGUUCUGGAGGACAACAUCUGAAGCUUUCAAGACUUGACUGUCCAAGAAAAAAGAAGCCAACAAAUGCAUAUUUACCAAUGGAUAAUGGCUAGAGCCUAAAAAUGCUUGUUUUGAAGCUAUUUAUUAAGGUCUUCAUUGGAGAUUGUUUAUAUCUGGUUCAGUAUCACCAUUUCUGUUUCCUCAAUGGUUCCACUGAGAAGAAAUUAAAACAGGAAAGGCAGGAAUA